UGAGGAGUCUGGCCUGAACUUGACUAUUCUCCGAGAAUCACCGAGAAUCUCUCAUGUUGGAUAACUGGAUUGUCAUAGCAAGUAGUAACGCCAAUGUAGUUAUCUCCGUUUUCGCCCCUUCUUUGCAAGUAAUUUCCUGUUUCAUACACAUUCUACUAUCCAAACAAAAGAACAUUGUCGUGUUCUCUUCCAAAACGAUAAAUAAGUAAAUAUAAAUAAAGCCGGACACAUUUGUAAGGAAAAAAGUGAAGAAAGGAUUGUUUAUGCGGUGGUGUUGAAACGGGGCAAGCGUGGAUUCAUCAUUGAUUCUCACCUGCAGCAGUCGAGCAUACAUGUAAGUGAGCGAGUGCUCACUGGCAAGUAAACAAGAAUGGACGUGGAAGAGGGGGAGGCGAAAAUGUGCAGGCUCUGCGGUCAACAUGAGAGAAUUUACAUUGAUGUUUUUGGCGAGGAAGGUAUCAAGCGUUACCUUGGUCUCAAGAUUCACAAGAAAAUUAACAUCUUGAUAGAUGAGAAAGAUCCUCUACCCAAGGCGAUCUGUGUUCAGUGUCUGGGUAAGCUUGAAUUUGUUUGCGAUUUUCAAGAAGAAUGUUUGCGCACACAACAAGUUUUACGUAAUCAAUACAAUUUACCACCGUUAACAGAAUCCACAGAGGUAAAAAACGAAGAAUCAGCAGCAUCACCAAUAGCUACAUCAUCAUCGGAUAAUAACAACAGUAUUGAAAAAAAUCUUAAUUCUACUAGUAGUCAGAUUGAGGAGAACCAAGUUGACAUAGUCAAGGAUUCAGUGGAACAGCAGAAAAAAAGAAAUAUCUCAAAAAUUUCAAGAAAUCUUCGAAGUCAUCAACAGCAACAACAAACUUCCAAGUGUAACGAUGAAACUACAGAAAGAAAUGUACAAGGUACAGAAUCAUCGCCAACAAGCCGUUGGCUUAGAAGUAGGCACAGCGCGGAUUCGUCCGUGAUGGAUGACGAAGAGAUUCCAAUCGCAAAUAGAUUAAGGAGUCACAACAAUGUAGAAAAUAACGUCAAUAUUCGUUCUGUGAAUAAUAGCACUAAUAGUAACGAAAACACGGAUAAACAAAACAGUCCAAAACAGCAACACCAACAACAACAAGAUUCAUCGGUGACAAUUCAGUUACCGACUUCAGCCUUGAAUAAAUUAUUGACAAUUGUUUCUAGCUCUCCCGAUAUCGAUGUUUCUGUAAAGGAAACGAGAAAUCGAAACAAUGAUGCCGAAGACAUUAGUUUUACCGUGGAACUUUGUAAGAAGCAAAAUGAUGAAGUGUCGACAGCGCGAGCGCGAGUCUUUCCCGAUCAGGGUUAUUGUUCAGUUGAUACAGCGAUCGUAGACCUACUGCAAAGUGAAAACAGUGCGGAGGUGAACAGCAUUGUCAAUAGCAUCAUCAGUAGCACAUCAACGAAGAGUAACAGUGCGGUGGCGAAAUUGAAAGACUUAGCAGAGCUAGAGCAGCGGCUAGAAGCUACUCAAAAUCCAGAGGAGCUUUUCAAAAUCGAUGGCGAAGAGAUUAAGGUGGAUGAUAAUGUGGAGCAUAUAGUAAAUGGAACACAAAACGGUUAUGCAUGUAAGCUCUGCCGAAAAUUCUACGAACGCCGGGACAAGUGUAUGGUCCAUGUAAAGACACAUCUUGGUAUCAAGCAGUACACAUGUGUCGUCUGCAAUGCCAAGUUUGUUUGCAAAUCUGAUGUAAUGAAGCAUAUUCGAUGUUCUCACACUAAUCCUAGGCCCAUUCAAUGCCCUAAGUGUCCAAAACGAUUCAAAUCCAAAUUCUAUCUGGCUGAACAUGACAAUGUUCAUAAAGGUGUGCGCCCGUAUAGUUGCACGAACUGCGGACAGAGUUAUCAUCACAAAGUUUCGUUGCAGAUUCACAUGAAGUCACAUCUGCCGCCGCAGAAUUUGGCUUGCGAAUAUUGCGGUAAAGUCUUCCCGUUUCGUACGCGAUUACUCGGCCACAUCGCAAGUGUCCAUAUGAAAAAGCGACGUAAUUUUCGUUGUCGUUUUUGUUACAAUUUGUAUUCGAGUUUAGCGGUGCUGAACGAACAUAUCAAAACUCGUCACGCAACCACGUACACGUGUGACACUUGUGGCAAGACCUUCAAGGUCGCUUCCAAAUACAAGGCGCACGUGCUGCAGCACUCCAAUCCCAAACCGUUCGUGUGCAAUGUUUGCAACAAUCGUUACGCAUCCAAGGCGUUUCUCAACGAGCAUCUGUUAAAACACGAGGGUUUACGCAAACAUAUAUGCCAAGAGUGUGGUGCGAGUUUUGCUCAAGCGAGUCAUCUGGCUGCUCAUCGCCACGUACAUGGAGAGAAAACACACGCGUGCCCAGAAUGCGGUAAAAAGUUCAAUCGUCGCGACAAUAUGAAAGUGCAUCGAAAACGGCAUUUUGAUGAGAAAAAGACUAAUAAACAAAAGGUCACAUCCAACAAUAAUAACUUGAUCGCUACAUCUGUUAAUGAGAAAUAAUGAUGAAGCUCAUUAUGACAAUGCAUAAUGAAAAGGAGAAAAAAAAGACUAUUGAGAUCUGUACAAAUUUUAAAUAGACUGGAUCAGAAUUUGCAAAGAAUCGAGGAAAAAAGAUUCUGAAAUUGAAUACUUAAUAGGAGUAUUUCAAUAGAAGAUUGCUCAAGGAUGACAGCCUUUUUGCGUAUACAUAAUUGGUGCUUCAAUGAAUUCCAAAUGUCAUUCCUAAUGCUCUUAUCUUUGGAGUACAGCUAAACUCCAUUUCCCUCCUCUGUUCUUAACUCAUCGGGACCAAACUCCUUAUUCUUAAGCUUUUGUUUGAUUUUAUACCUCUUUUAAUAAUACACAUGUACAGAAUGAAAAUAUUGACUAUAUUUACAUGGCAAUUAUAGUAAUCUGGAUUGGUAAUAACAAUAGUUACAACUUUUAAUAUAAAAUAUAACAAAAUGUUACGUAAAUGGCAGUUUACAUUGGUUCUACAUCAGUAGAGACGUAAACUAUGUUACAUACCAUCCAAUGAAUUUAGUAAUAUCCAUAGUUAUAAAUUUUAGAAUUGGGCGUUUAUACACGUAAAAUAUAAAUAAUCUAAAAUAUAUGUACAUUGUAAAUUUUGUACAUUUUACAUCUAUGUAAAUAAUAAUCAAUGGAUCGUGGAAGAUAUCAUCAAAAAUAGUGAAAUGUAUACUUUUCAUAAUUUUAAGUUUGCGCAAACAUAACAAAUUAUUUAACGUUUACAUGUUUCAUUAAAACCGAAUUUAUAAGUUUAUAUUCUGAUAUUAUUCUAUAUUUAUUUUAAAUUUUUUAACUAUGAUUUAAAAAUUUUAUUUUAAUUAGAAAAUCCUCGUUUUCAAAGAAUUAACGUUAAUAUUUCUUACAUUAGAUAUGAUUAUAUUGUUAACAAUUAAUGAUGAUAUAUAUAUAUAUAUAGUCAGAAUAUAAACUUAUAAAUUCAGUUUUAAAGAAACAUGUAAACGCUAAAUGAUUUGUUGUACUUGCUUUCCGCCAACUUAAAAUUAUGAGAAGUAUAUAAUAACAUCUCAUGUUUAAUUUUUAUUUACUUAUAAUAGUUAUAAUACAGAAGUGAAUAUAAUGAGCAUACAUUUAAAAAAGUUAUAAUUACGGUUAUUACUAACCUUUUAUGGACAGGCGACUCUUUUCAAGGUUACUCUAUCCUCUUGUUUAAUUUGCUCGAUUUUCGAAUGAAAUUUGAUCCAUGGAGUAACUUGAUUUAUUCAGAUCCAAGAUCAAAAAUAAAGAAAUCCAAAAUGAUAAGUUAAUAUGGCGAACAGAAUAGAAUAAAAUUCAGUGUUAUGGAUUUUUAAUAUUGCUAAGUAACACCAAAUUUCCAGUUUUAUUUUAGUUGUUUUCUGUAAAUCUUUUAGUUUCGAAGUUAAGAAACAUUUUAUAAAAAGCGAAUUUUUACACAAAAAAUUCAGUAUUGCAAAAAGUGAUUGUAUCAGUUUUUUCUAAAAAAAUAUCUUAAAACUAAGAAAGCUUACUUUAAAAUAUCUUUAUAUUAAAUUUUGUGUAUGAUAAUGUUUUUCAGGCUACAGCGCUUUAAAAUAAAACAUAUAUAUUGAAAAAAUAUUAAAUUUCAAUUUUUAUGUAAUUUAAAAACAAAAUAUAUAUAUCGAGGUCAAGGUUAUUGAAGGACUCUUCUAUAUUAAAUUAUCAAAUCAAGUUUUACGAUAAUCAGAUUAUUUUUCAAAAAUUUUGUUCGCCAUAUUAAAUUUUUAAUUAAAAAAUUUUGAGGUUAGAAUCAAAUUGAAUAGUUCCAGAAACCCUUAAAAACCAAAGUCUUCCAUAUUUUGUUAGAAAGCUCUUGUUUUUAAAGGGUUAAUGGUGAUAUGUAAAUAUAGUCAUUGACAAGUAGUGAUAUGCAUGGUCCUUUUUAUUUGUCAUUAAUUUUGUUCUAAGUAUAAUCACAUAUUACAUACUCACAUGGCUAAUGUAACAGUGAGAAAAAACUUGUUAAAAAUGCAAAGAUUUAAACAACUUCAGAAACGGAUUUUUCAACUUAAGCAAUUAUUAUUAUGUUAAAAACUAUUUUAGUACUAUGUGACUUUAAAUGACGAAUAUCAUAUGUUUAGUGUCACACGCAUUUCUAUUUUUUCUUUGAAGGGUAUUUAUUUGUCACAUUAUUUUAAAAUUAUAAAAUGAAUUAAAAACAACUCAGAUGUGUUCCUCAUAAAAUCAAGAAUAUGGAGGCGUUAAGAAUAGAAUAAUUAUAUUUUUUCUAUAAGCAUUAAAUUUUAGUAUUAUUUUUUGCUAAGGUUAUAUUGAUUUCUAUUCAUGAAUAAUCUUUAUAAUUUUGCAAUUUUUUGCAUCUUCGUCUUUUUUGGAGAUAAUCGAGAUUGCUGAGUUUGGGAACAUUAGAAUAUUUUAAUCUUCUCAUUCAAGCGUUUAUAAUAAAUAUCAGUCUAUUAUAUACUGAAACGUGAUUUAGCUUAGUAAUUUGUAAUAAUACAUGGCCUUUUUAAAUGUCUUUUCCGAUUACUGCUAGUUUUCGGAAAAUGUUUAUCAUUAUUUAAUAUAAAUAAUAUGUUGAUCGAAUUACGGCCAAAAGUAUGAGUAAUUGCAUAGUUUUACUAAUGACUCAAUGUGUAUGUGUGCGUGCAUGUAUGCAUGUGUGCGUGCGUAAGGAAUAGGGCUUCCAAAAUCAGUAAUUAUAUAACAAGAGCAAUGAAUAUUUUCUAUACAUCUUUACAAGUAUUUCUCAUACAUAACGAAAAGUUGCAGGAACAGUAUAAACAAUUUUAUAACAUUGCAAAAACAUUGCAAAAUAUUGCUACAGUGUUGCUUUAACAUUACAGCAAUAGUUUACUUUUAGAAAUUGCAAUACAAUAUUGCAGCAAUAUUGCAGUAUAACGUAGGUUUAAUAAUAUUAUAUAAUGUUAUGAUAAUUAAGCUAUUUAAUUUGUCCUUUUUUGGGUAUUUUUAUGUCUCUAAAUUGUUUGAUUUAAAUAAUAUUGUAAUUUUUAAAGUGCCUUAAAAUCACACUAAAAUAUUAAAGCUUUGUUAAUAAUACAAAAUUAAAUUGUAUUUUGGUUUAAAUAAUUUUUUAAAUUGCGGAAAUUAUUUUCAAACAAACUUUUACAGAAUUGUAAACUUGAUGAAUCUGAAAAUGCCUUUACAAAUAUUUAUACAUAAAAUCAUAACAAUUUAUUUUACAAUGUUUAAAUAUUGCUGCAUCAUUAAAAUGAUAUUGCACAUCCAUGUUUUAAUCUUUAUUGAAACAUUGCAAUGUUGUUGCACUGUAAUAGGUACGAGAUCUUGUGUAUGGGUUGUUCUCAUAAAAAAAUUGCAACGACAAUUUAAAUAUCUUUUGGAGUACAUUUUACACAAUAAUUGUUAUAUUAAAAUUAAAAAGGAGUGUUAGACAAAGUAUUAUGUAUUUUAUAAAAAAUAUGUAUGUAUAUUUUACUUACAUAUUUAUUUAUAGAAUUAUACAAAAAAAAGUACAGCAUCCAUGUGCCUUGAUUCAAGUCUUCGAUCGUAAAAUAAUCUGUAAAAUAAAAGAUAAAAUGUUUGCGAGUAAUAGAGAGAGAGAGGAAACGUAUUAUACUUUGUUUUUAAAUAAAAUAAAUGGUGGCAACAAGAACGGAUGUUUUAAGUUAUGAGUUAUUAAGAAAAAAACAUGCUUUUUAUUGUACGAUUAUAGACUGUUGCAUAAUUAGAGUGCGCAUAAUUAUGUGUAGGUAUUUAUAUAAUUAACUAAAUUAAUAGAUUUUUUUCUAUAAUAUUGCGAAGUGAUCAAUAUGAAUUAUUUUGUAUGUAUAUGUAUAAUUUUCUAAUUAUUUUCUGAUAAUACUCUUUUUUUGGUUAUUGAAGAUGUUACAUGCGACUUUAAACACACCCACACAUACUACACAAUUAUAUUGUAAACUCUAUAUUGUUUUAUAUUAUACAGAAUAACUUGUAUAUCAAAAUUCACCAAAUAAAAAAAAUAAAUUAC